ACAAAUACGUCGUAUUCGGUCCAAAAAACAACUGAUAAGCACUUUUAACGCUUCAUUCUCUAACCGUUUCUCAUCCAAAGAUGAAGUUUCUCGUAAUUUUGUGUCUAAUUUUCGCCAUUUGUGACGCUCGUCUCUUCACAAAUCCCUAUCCAGCUGUUGAAACCUUCGAAGAUGACGGCGAUCCAGGCGAACCAUUGUUCUUAACGCCUUUAAUAAAGGCAAAUAAAAUCGCUGAGGCAAAAGCAGCUGCCUUUGUGAACGAUUCGGAGAUCCAACAAUUCGCCGAAAGCUAUUCCGGAUACCUGACAGUCAACGAAAAGUACGAUUCGAAUCUCUUCUUUUGGUAUUUCAAGGCAAAAGUCAAUCCAGAAUCCGCUCCGUUGGUGCUUUGGUUACAAGGAGGUCCCGGAGCGAGUUCGAUGUUUGGACUUUUUACGGAAAACGGGCCUUUUAGUGUAAGCAAAAAGCUGAAACUCGUCAAGAGACCUUAUUCGUGGCAUUUGAAUCAUCAUCUCAUUUACAUCGAUAAUCCAGUUGGGACGGGAUUUAGUUUCACAAAAGACGAUGCCGGAUAUUCCACGAACGAAGUUGAAGUCGGAGAGAAUUUAUAUAAAGCUCUCGUGCAAUUUUUGACACUUUUCCCGGAAUUACAAAAAUCUCCGUUUUGGGUUACGGGCGAGUCGUAUGGCGGAAAAUACGUUCCCGCAUUGUCGCAUACGAUUCACAAGAUGAACACAGAUCCAAAAGUCGAGUUCAAGGUCAACUUCGAAGGACUUGCUAUCGGAAAUGGGCUUUGCGAUCCCUUGCAUCAACUGAAAUACGGCGAUUAUUUGUACCAAUUGGGCUUAAUUGAUCAACACGGGCUUCAGCAGUUCCAUGAGUACGAGAAAAAAGGCGAGGAUUUGAUCAAAAAGAAAGAUUUCAAGGGAGCUUUUGAGAUUUUUGACAUCAUGUUGAAUGCCGAUCAAUACGAAUAUGGCUCGUUAUUCAAAAAUCUCACCGGAUUCGACUUUUACUACAAUUAUCUUCUCACAAAAGACCCGAAAAAUUACAUGGGAGAAUAUCUGCUAUCGUCUCGGGUGCGAAAAGCGAUCCAUGUUGGCAACAAUACCUUUAACGAUGGUCACGCAGUUGAAGAACAUCUCAAACUUGACGUCAUGAAUACCGUGGCGCCUUGGUUAAGCGAGUUACUUGCCCAUUAUCGUGUUUGUAUCUACAACGGGCAACUCGAUAUUAUCGUUGCAUAUCCCUUGACGAUCAAUUAUUUGAAAAAAUUGAGUUUUGUCAAUUCUACAAUUUAUCAUGAAGCGCCGCGUUACAUUUGGAAGGUAGAUGAUGAAAUUGCCGGAUAUGCGAAAGAAGCGGGAAAUUUGGUAGAAGUACUUGUAAGGAAUGCGGGACAUAUGGUGCCUUCAGAUCAACCGAAAUGGGCUCUUGAUUUGUUGAUGCGAUUGACACAUUCGAAGGGUUUUAUUAAGCCAGAACAGGAGAUUCAAGUUCAUUUGGUUCAAUAAGAUUUUUUUUUGUUUUGUGAAUCUCGUUUAGAGCUCUCUAAAUGUUUUUAAUGCAUAAUUUGUCUUAAAAAUAAAAUUUCUUUAAUAAUU